CUGAAAGCAGGCACGGCACCAGCGAUCGAUCUCAAAAGCAAUCUCUCACAGCCUCACACCAUCGUCCUCUUCUCCGCCAGCGGCCGCGCCCUCGAAACCCCCCCGCCCCCAAACACCGGAGCGCGCCAGGCCGCCUCUAGGGAACUCUCCUUCACUCGUGGCCGCCGUCCUCCUCCUCCUCCCUUCACCCGUAGUGGAUUUGCGUGGAGUGGAGAUCAAUCCGGAAUCGGGGUCGAUAAGUAGCACAAGAUGGUGGACACCGUGGAUCAUCAACCUCCUUUCGUUUCCCAAUCCUCAGUGAACGCCGAGGAUGCAACUCCUCACAGCCGAGAGACGGAAGAGAAAUCGACCAAUGAGAGCUCUAGCUGUGGUGACAUAUGUAUACAAGUUCCAAAGAACAGUAGGUACAGUCUUCGCACUCGUAAUGUUGAUGAAGCAACACAGUGGAGGAGGGAAGAACAUAAGAGGAUGAGAGAGGAACGCAUCCAAAAUAAGCUCUUAAGAAAGCAACGGAAAAUAAGAGAAGCUCAAGAACGUGUGGACAGGAUCCUCAAGAUACAAGCAAUUUUAGAUGAAAAAUCUAAAGCAUGGAAGGAGGAACAGAGAAAGCAACGGCUCUCCGAGCAAGAAGGUGACAAUAACACUGACUACUUCAGCACUGACGAAGAGGUGGAGAAAAAUUAUACACAUGAGGUCAUUAAUGAACCUCCAGAAGGUUCUGGAGAGUGGCUACCAUAUGAAUCGGACAAUGAGUUUGGUACAGAACUUGAGCUGAAGUGCACAAGUUGGGGAGUCGAGAAGUUCACUUUAGAGCUUGCUCGAUGUGUGGUUGGGCUUGAGUCUUUUACAGGAGACAAGCAGCUUUUCGCUUGCUCUGGCACAAUAGUUGAAUUUUUGAAUGAUACUGGUUAUGUGGUGACAUCUGCAAGUUUAGUAAGAUGUUCAGACAAAGAUGUGCUACCUGAUGAACUUAAGAUCAACGUAUGUUUAGCGGAUGGUGAAAUACUUGAGGGCUUUGUGUCAAAUGUGGAUUUUUACUACAACAUUUGUGUGAUAGAAGUCCCUUCUACUUUCCACCUACCAAGGAAAAGCUUCAGUCCGAAAACUGAAUUCUUCAAUUUUUAUGAACACCAUUCAAAAGAUGUUGUGGCUUUAGGCCGUACUUGUAAGCCUUGGAGAUUAAUGGUUGCUUUGGGAAAGCUUAUUCCGAGGAGAAGCAAGUUUGAUUGCGAAGAACUAUCUGUUUCAUCUUGCAAGGUUUCAAAGAGAGGUGUUGGCGGCCCUCUGAUGGAUUUUGAUGGAAAUGUAAUUGGAAUGAGCUUCUAUGACAAGAAAGGAACUCCUUUUCUUCCAAGUUUCAUUGUGUUGAAGUGUUUGCAGCAUUUUAAAACCUUCGGGAAGGUCAUGCGACCGCUGCAUGGACUGCGAGUUAAAAAUCUUUAUGAUGCAGAGCUUACUGAACUUGAAGAGAAACAGUGUGGACUCCCUGUGAUAUAUGGCGUGAUCGUGGAUAAGGUAGAAGAUUCAUCUACUGAACAUUCUGAGAUAAAGGUCGGGGAUGUCAUCACUCAUGUUAAUGGUGUACCUUUCUCCAAUGCUGCAGAGCUGGGUGGCUUACUUCUGGAUAUGUGUGGUAAGCAUAUGCUGGACAGACAGAAAUUGAACCUUUCAGAGGACUGCAAUCAGACGGCCACAGUGAUGAACCUCAAGUUUCGUGCAAGAACAUAUAAAGGUCGUAAAUCUGAAAUCACUACCCAAACAAUUGACGUUGACAAGUUCACUCCCAGCGGACUUAACAGGUGGCCACUUCCCAGGCCCAUUAUUGUUCGGCGAUACGCUUAUGGUGAACUUAUCGAGGUACAGAGGUAUACGACAGAUGCUUGAGAGAAGCGCUGUGCUUUUCUCAGAACUUUCAUCAUGGAAGCUUUUUGUCUGUUUUGUGUUAUGGUAGAAUUUUGGAUUCAGUAUCGUUAAUUGCUAAUUUAAGGCUAGCAGUAAUGGCGCUUGAAUGUUGGAAUUGAUUAGCAAUUUUAGUAGCAGGUAUGACCAGAACUAGGGAUGAAAACGGUUCGCAAACAA